AUGAGAGUAUCUGAGAAGCUGCAGAAAAACCGUGAGGCCAACGGGACAUCAAAGGCGACCUUCUCCUUUGAGUUUUUCGUCCCAAAGACAUCGCAGGGUGUUCAGAACUUAUACGACAGAAUGGAUCGUAUGUACCAGACGCACCCACAGUUCAUCGACAUCACCUGGAAUGCAGGCGGUAGACUGUCGCAACUGUCCACCGAGUUGGUGUCGACGUCGCAGUCUGUACUGGGUUUGGAAACGUGUAUGCACCUCACGUGCACCAACAUGCCUCGGCAGUUGAUCGACGAUGCGCUGCAAAAGGCUUACGAGUCAGGAUGCCAGAAUAUUUUAGCGCUGAGAGGCGACGCUCCAAUCACGUCCAGUGAAUGGAAGCCUUGUGAGGGUGGCUUCACAUAUGCCAAGGAUCUGGUUCGCUACAUUCGUGAAAAAUACGGAGAUCAUUUUGACAUCGGAGUCGCAGGCUACCCUGAAGGGCACCCAGAGGAAGAGGCGUCACCUAAACUGGUCCAGUACUUAAAGGAGAAAGUCGACGCUGGAGCGGACUUUAUCAUCACCCAAAUGUUCUACGAUGCGGACAACUUCAUCGAGUGGUGCCGCCAGGUUCGUGCCGCAGGAAUUGAGGUUCCAAUCAUUCCGGGUAUUAUGCCUAUUACGACUUAUGCCGCCUUUUUGAGAAGGUCAAGCUGGUGCCAGAUCAACGUUCCAGAGGCGUUUAUGGCGAAGUUGGACCCAGUGAAGGACGACGAUCAAGCUGUGCGCGAGGUCGGAACGGAAUUAGUCGCACAGAUGUGUCAAAAACUCUUGGACAGUGGCUACGUCACCCAUUUGCACAUGUACACUAUGAACUUGGAAAAAGCUUGUAUCAUGGUGUUGGACAGACUUGGGCUUUUGAGCGAGGACGAGGACAUCUUCAGAGACGAAGUUGUGCCAAUGCCCUGGAGAAAGUCGUUGCACCCCCAGCGCCGCAAUGAAUCGGUUCGCCCGAUUUUCUGGCAAAAGAGACCUUACUCUUAUGUUGCGCGUACCUCUCAGUGGACCGCUGAUGAGUUUCCCAACGGUAGAUUUGGCGAUUCGUCGUCGCCAGCGUUCGGCGACUUGGACCUGCUGGGGUCCACCUCCAUUAGACAAUCUCCUCAGCGUGCGUUGGAAUUGUGGUCUACGCCUACAAAGUUCUCAGACAUUGCUGCCCUUGUUAUCGACUACCUGCACGGUAAGCUGAAGUGCUUGCCAUGGUGCGAUGUGGCUCUUAACCACGAAGUUGACACAACCAUGCCUCAACUACUAGACCUCAACAAGCACAUGAUCCUUACACUGAACUCACAGCCUCGUGUCAACGGCGCCAGCUCUGCCGACAAAAUUGUAGGCUGGGGUCCCAACAACGGAUACGUUUAUCAAAAGCAAUACCUCGAGUUCUUGCUUCCUAAAAGCAAACUCUCGCAGCUCAGAGACUUCGUCAACGACAUGCCAAGCUUGACCUAUUUCGCUGUCGACUCUGCCGACGAACUGCACUCCAACCACCCCGACGACACCGCCGCGAACGCGGUUACAUGGGGUAUCUUCCCCGGUCGCGAGGUUCUUCAACCUACAAUCGUCGAGAAGGUCUCGUUUUUGGCUUGGAAAGAGGAGUUUUUCGACAUCUUGGACGAGUGGAAGCGCAUCAUGGGCGAAAACAACCACUCGGAAAGCGUCGCGCUCCUCGAAUCUGUCAUAAGCGAUUAUCUGCUAGUGAACAUAGUUGACAAUGACUAUGUGUCCGAUGGUGACCGUAUCUACGACAUGCUCCAGCGCCUGUACUGA